AUGCCAUACAAAGCAAACAAUUUAAAUUCAAAUAUGUCAAGAAGGCAAUUUAUUGAAAAUAUUGCAUGGGAGUUACUGAAACCUCAAAUUGAGUACAGAUCAACGAUUACUAAACUACCAGUAGAAUUAAGAGGACGUGCACGUGCACUUCUAGGUAUCGAAGAGCCUUCAAUUUCAGUAAUACCAGAAAAUCUUCCAAAUUAUGUGGGUCGAUGUUAUGUAUGUCCACGAAAUAAAAACAAAUCAACCAGAAGAUUUUGUGGCCAAUGCCGAAAAUAUGCGUGUAAAGAGCAUAUGAAGGAUAUUUGUGUAAAUUGUUUAAAUUAA